AGCACCAAAGCCAGCUUAACCAACUUGUAAAAGUUGGAUUUACUACUUCUAUACCAUUUUAGUGUUGCAGGGUUUUUCAAUGCAGACCCGUCUUACUUUCCAAAGUGCCCUUCUGGGUCUCUGGUUGUGCUUGUUUGCUGUAAGCUUCUGCUACAGCAAUGCAGAGACUAUUGAGGAAGCUGGAGAACAAGCACUAGACAGAGCUUAUUCAGAGCUGCAAACAGAGGCUGCAGAGCUGAAUGAAGAAGGGAAGUUUGUCUUUAAGAAACACCCUCUACCCAAGAUUCCCAUUGUAAAGAAGCCAUUUCCACCAAAGCCCUUCUUCAAGAAGCCACUUCCACCACCAGUUCCAAUCUUCAAGAAGCCACUCCCUCCACCUGUUCCAGUCUUCAAGAUUCCACCCUUCAAGAAGCCGGGUCAUCCGCCGGUACCAGUUGUGGAAGAAAAACCAUUUGUGAAGAAGCCAUUUUUUCAUCCCCUUCCAAAAUUCAAGAAGCCGUCUCUACCUCCUGUUCCAAUCUAUAAGAAGCCACUUCCUCCACCAAUUCCCGUAUACAAGAAACCAUUUCCCCAUCCUAUUUUCAAGAAGCCACUUCCUCCACCAAUUCCAGUAUACAAGAAACCAUUUCCCCAUCCUAUUUUCAAGAAGCCAAUUCCUCCACCCAUUCCAACAUAUCCUCCACAUCCUUUCCUUGGGAAGCCACUCCCUCCUCUGGUUCCCUAAAGCUAGCCUAGUGUUCUUUCACCUAAGCCCAUAUUGUUAAGGGAUGAAAGCAUAGAAGUUAUGCAUUGGUUAGAAUAAAUUCCUACAUGGAGAGAGAAAGAGAGAGAGAGAGAAGAAAGAUGACAAUGAAAGAAGAGACUGUUCUUGGAAGUUGGAACUUUACUAUCAACUUUUGCAUUGUAAUAUUUCUACAUGUAUUGUAAUAUUUCUGCUUGUUCUUGCAGUUAUAUGGCUACUGUGUGAUAUUAAAUUUGCAUUUUAUCA